AGUACAUGCUCUCAGUCAGCGCAAAAACAGCUCGCUAGCAUUUAGCAUGAGGAGCUAGAAUAGACCAAACAUUUGGUUCUUAGAGGAGGGAACACGCACACACAUUGCUAAAUCUUAACUCGGUGUGUUGAAAAUGUCGGUGUUUAGCUUUACUAUCUCACGCACAUGUCCUGGCGUGUCACAGAAAAUAGCUCGACCUUCCCUCAAGCUGCUAACAGGCGAUGGACUUCCUGCAACAGACAGAAGAAAAUGCUGCCUGCAAAGCAGCAGCACAACACCGAGGCGUCUGUUCAGCUCUCCACCUCAUAACCCCAAGGUACCACAGGUUCCAACGUGGGAGCCAGUGCCUGAAGACCAGCUGCCGCCGCCCACGCAAGUCCCUGCUGACCUGGUGGACAAACUGGAGAGACUGGCCUUGGUCGAUUUCCGCACCAAACAGGGGCUGGACUGUCUGGAGAAAGCCAUCCGAUUUGCAGAUCAGCUUCACGUUGUGGACACGACAGAAGUCGAACCAAUGGACUCAGUUUUGGAGGACCGGGCUUUAUACCUGAGGAACGACGCAGUGAUGGAGGGAGACUGUGCAGAAAAACUCCUUCAGCUCUCAAAAAACACAGUCGAAGAAUAUUUUGUGGCGCCACCAGGAAAUAUUCCUCUACCGAAGAGGGAGGAGCGAACUGCCAUCCUGAAGCACUCAGAGUUUUGACCUUUGUAAAUGUGCCUUUGGUAUUUAUUACUUCAAGAAAACUUAAUUGCAUGUCAUAAGCUACAGCAUCACUCUGAUGAGAAGUAGAAAUCUUAUGCCUAUAUUUUGUAUUUGCUGUCGAAACUCAAUCAGGGUUCUGCCACAGGAUAAAUACAUCAGCUUGUAUGCAAUUAAGACUGUUGGGUUUUUCUUUGUUUAUUUGACACUGACAUUUUUAUUUUAAUUUGAUUGAAUGGAAGAGGAGAAGCAGUGCAAUAAUGAUCUUCAAGGACGUUUUGUUACACUGUGUUCAUUCACAGGUUUCAAUAUAAGUGACUCAAAGUAAACCUGAACAUUUGCAUUUUAGAUUUCAUGUAGCUGUAAUUCCACUACAUUUAUUUAUCUUACAGUUUAUUUUACUUUUCAGAUUAAAGCUUUAACAUUUGCACUUUG